CUCUCUCUCUGCCUUUACUCCUCUUCCCCUCCUCCGUCGCAUUCUCGCAGUCGCAUCCGCAACCGCAACCGCAGUCGCAAAUCGAACGCUCGUGUCCGACCAUCCGGCCUUCGGCAUCCUCGGCAAUCCUCUGCUGAGUACCUCGACGUUGCUCGCCUCGAAUUGACCCCAAGAGCGAUUCUGGAGGAUGUUGGUCGGAGAAAAGAUGGAAUUGCAGUUCUGGGCGCAUCAUCGAACCCCUCCAUGCAUCGUGGAUCAUCCCGGAUCGCGCUUGAAGAUCGACAACCAAAUGCCGAAGCCAUCAGCCUUGACGUGUCGUGCAACGAGUCGUCACCGUCAGACGCCCGGGAAAACGAAAUAUGCACCAUCAGCAACCGGCUCUUUCUCACCCCCGCACCCAAGAUAUCCGCAAGUCCCGUCUUACCUCACCCGCCGCGCUGUGUUCGCAGCUUCUUUUGGCCAUGGGGAAGGAAGGAAGGCCUCAUCACGAACUUCUGCAAUAUCGGCCUGACGUAUGCCACGGUUCUCUCGUUAGAAGCCCAACGCCUAGCCGAAAUGCCGCAACACACUGGAGAGGGCGAAGAUUGGAUUUGCAGCGCAUCACACACCGAGGACAGGAAAAAGCACCAGGCUAGAUGGCAAUAUCUGGUCUUGUGUCACCAAGGCCUCUCGUUGCUGAGAAGAUGA